CUGCCCUUUAUAAACGUGUUUACAUUCUGAGCUCAUACUUUCCCUGUGUAACGUGAGCACUGUCUUCCUCAGGGGUUUUGGAUCCACCUCCUCUCUGCCUCAGCUAGGGAGCCUUUUGGAUUGUCCUGCCCAGGAUGUUUAGAGAGGUCACAGCCUUGGCCUGUGAUGCUUCAAAAGGACAGAAUGGACUUGGCUUUGUGAAAGUUGAAGAACAGCAUAAUGUUUGGAGGCAGGACUUCGCUCUUCGGGGAGACCUCCAGAGCCAGGAGGCCUUCCGUCAGCAGUUCAGACAGUUUGGCUACUCGGACUUCACUGGGCCCCGGGAGGCUCUGAACCAACUGCAGAAGCUCUGCCAGCAGUGGCUGAGGCCAGAGGAGCACUCCAAAGAGCAGAUCCUGGAGCUGCUGGUGCUGGAGCAGUUCGUGGCCAUCCUGCCUCUGGAGCUGCAGGCCUGGGUGCGCGAGCACAGGCCGGGGAAUGGAGAGGAGGCCGUGACUCUGCUCGAGGAGCUGGAGAGAGAAUUUGAUGAACCCAGGCAGCAGGACACAGCUCAUGGCCAAGAAAUGAUCUGCAGAGAAAUGACACUCAUGGGAACACCGAAGUUCCUGAGUAGCCCGCUGCAGUCCUUGGAGAACCGCUGCAGGAGUGAAUCCCAGGAGGCCCAGGUUUUCCAUGAGAGAGAUGAGAUGAUGAUGAUGACUGACAAAGUAUUGACAGCAAAGCAAGAAAUUAGUGAAUGUGUUGCAUCAGUGGCCAUGGCAUCUCCAGGAAGACUUCCUAGAGAAACUUCUCCAGUACAGACAAUUGAACAAACUAUGGGAUGUCUGGACAACAGUGAGAAGCAAAGAGGAAGUGAUGAUACAAGCAACAAUAUGAGCCAGCUUUCUUCCCAGGAAAGCUAUUUAAGUUUGGCAGCCUGUAACAAAACCCCUACAGAACAGAACAUCUUUGAGUGUAAUGGAAGUGAAGGAAUUCUUAGUCUAAACUUACACGGUACUACAUGGCCCAGAACUCACACAGGGAAACUGCUCUAUGAGUGCGUGGAUUGUGGGAAAGCUUUUUGCCAUAGGUCAAAGCUGAUCAGACAUCAGAGAAGUCAUACUGGGGAGAGACCUUACGCAUGUAAAGAAUGUGGAAAAGCCUUUGGUUUCAGGACAGACCUUGUUAGACAUCAGAGAAUCCACAGUGGUGAAAAGCCCUAUAAGUGUUGUGACUGUGGAAAAGCUUUCAGGGGCAGCUCAGGGCUCAUCAGGCAUAGGAGAAUUCAUACGGGAGAGAAGCCUUACGGCUGUGAUAAAUGUGGGAAAGCCUUCAGCCAGAGCUCUACUCUUAUUCAGCAUAAGAAGAUCCACAGUGGAGACAAAGCCUGUGAGUGUACUGAAUGUGGUAAGGCUUUUAGGAGAAGGUCUGUUCUCUCGGAACAUCAAAGAAUCCAUACUGGAGAGAAGCCUUAUGGGUGUAAUGAAUGUGAAAAAUCCUUUAAUCAAAGCUCAGCCCUCACCCAGCACCAAAGAACGCACUCUGGAGAGAAGCCUUAUGAAUGUAAUGAAUGUGGGAAAAUAUUUAGGCACAGGCCAGGCCUUAUGCAGCAUCAAAGAACACAUACCAGAGUUCAACUCUCCGGGUAAGUGGUUGUGUCAUUGUGAAAUGCAAGGAAUUCACUCUGAAGGUAAGUCUCCACAGAAGACAGAAGCAUCCAGGCAGCGGGACUGUUGUCUUUCCAGCCCAGUUCUGUAGGAGAUCAACCCAAAAUGCUUGCAUAUUGUGAGAAGACUUUUACCAGAUCUAUUUUUAGAAUAGUAUUUUCUAAAAACAAAAAGACUGACCCAUUUUUGGAUGAGGAUUCUCACCAAUAUGCUCAUCAUCCCAUUCUCCACUCCAGAUAGAGCUGACACUGAGAACAGAGGCAGAGGUUACAGCACAUGCGUGGAAUGGUAAGGAAAGAAUCUGGAGCCAUUCCUCUGUCAUGACCCCACAUUCCUGCUGGAGUUGUCUUUGACUUUGAACCAACCUAGUUCAGAAGCCAGGUUUGUUUCUUUUCCUUUUCGUAAUAGCCUGGGUUGGAAACCUGUUUCAGAUCACAA